AUGAAUUGUCCAUCCCGCACCGAUGAUACGCUCCCCCACUGCGACUGGAACCAGAACCCGCCGUUUCUGGCGCCUGACUUAACAACCCGUCAGGACCUCAAUGGCAUCUCCAAUGUUCGCGAGUUUAAGGAUGCUGGGACUGGGGUCAUCACCAUGCAGCACUGUCUGCACGACGCAGACUUACUGUCUCGUUACAAACGCGAAUCUGAGGUGUUGCGGCAAAUGCACCCGAGGGCGUCCCUGACCCAGUCAGUGCUGGCCACAGCCGUUUUAAUUUCCGCCAGUGGUUUUGUUGACUGGUUGACUGGGACCGUUGUUCCUUUUCGACAGACUACUACGGCUUCGGUUGGACAUCUAGUACUAGAUAAGGAAACUAUGCAGGUGCGCAGGUAUGCUAAGCGACAGGCCUGCGCGUCAGGUGGUGUCGAUGGUAGUGAAUACAAUACCUCGCUACACGUGGGAGCUCUGUUCAUCAUCCUCGGGGUGUCAACUCUCGCCUGUGCUCUGCCUAUAUUGGUUAUCCGCUUCUCUCGUCUGCGUAUACCGCCAGCUUUUCUCUUUUUUGUGCGUCAUUUCGGUACAGGCGUCCUCAUUGCCACAGCUUUUGUGCAUCUCCUCCCGACGGCCUUUACUUUACUAGGCGACCCAUGUCUGUCUAACUUUUGGACCACCGAUUACCCUGCUAUGCCGGGAGCGAUCUCCCUGGGCGGGAUAUUCCUUGUCACCUUGAUUGAGAUGGUCUUUAGUCCCGUUCGACAAGCUACCCGGAAGGUCUCAAAACAAACUGAUCAAGAGUCGGCACCCCCUGCUGGCACGGAUCACCUCUCUGGUGGCAACCACGAACAAUCUUGCGAUUGCGAUAGAAGCCCUCAUAUACGUCCAAAAGGACCAUUAGUCGGCAGAGCUGCCAGUUUCAGCCGUGCAAUCCACCGCAUCGGCGAAGAAUCGGACAGGAUACAUCGCAUCUCUUCUGCGCCCGAAGCCAGCCCUCUUCCGCGAGUCAGCGAAGUCAAGCGGUUUACCCACCGCCAAGGCAGCGUGGACGAGUUUCAGCUGUCGGAGAAGCAGAAGUACAAUAAGGAUGUCAUGCAAGUGUUUAUGCUCGAGGUCGGAAUUCUAUUUCACAGCGUCUUCAUCGGCAUGUCCUUGAGUGUAUCGGUGGGGAAUGAGUUUGUGGUUCUCUUGAUCGCCAUUGUCUUUCAUCAAACCUUUGAAGGCCUCGCGCUUGGCUCUCGCAUCGCGAGCUUGGAAUGGCCUGACAAGGCCAUUCAGCCAUGGCUUAUGUCACUGGCUUAUGGAUGCACUACACCCAUCGGGCAAGCGAUUGGUAUCGCAACGCAUUCGCUGUAUAGCCCUGAUUCAGAGGUCGGACUGCUCCUAGUGGGCACAAUGAACGCCAUCUCAGCAGGGCUGCUGAUCUUCGCCUCGUUAAUCGAGCUGUUGUCGGAAGACUUUUUGAGUGACGAGAGUUGGAGAGUGCUGCGUGGCCGCAGGAGAGUGAUUGCAUGCGCACUAGUCUUUCUGGGGGCAUUCUGUAUGAGUCUUGUUGGAGCUUGGGCGUAG